UACAGCACACAAGUCGCAUCCGAGCUGCUCAAAUUACUUUUACAGCAACAUAAUUCCAGUACUGAAGAAGUGCAGCGUUUGUGAAAUUUAAAAUACAACAAAAGGCAAAAAAACAAACAAAUCACGUUGCUUUUGAGCGCUGUAAAUCUGUUUACUAAUUAAAAAUAAUCACGCUAUUUUACUGGCACCUGAAAACAGUUAUCGCCCGACUAGUAAGCCGCGUUGUAAAUCCAAACCCAAUAUACUCUAUACUUAAACUUAUCGCUGCGAUUAUUGAACAUUUUUGAUCUUCAAGGAAAAGUGAGAGUUACGUGCGGGUCGAUAAGAGGGUAUGGGAAAACACAAAAUUUCCGCCUAACGAUAAUUAAAAUGGUUGGAAACGCCGCCAGCACGUGUAUUCAAUUAAAUAUUUCAUGAAAACAAAUUAUUUAUUUAAAUACCCAAUACUUAUACGGAUAUAUACGAUAAUACCUCUAAUUUACUGAAAAACAAAAAAACGGUGAGCCAAUAAUAAAGUGACCUAGAAAUUAGCAAAUCUAUCAAUAUAUAGAUAAGCCGCUAAUGCCGGCAAAAUGUGAUUAUCAUUGUGGGCAUUGCAAUUUUUGAUUUACAAGUUUAUAAAACUCCGUCAAACAAUAAUAUAAUAUAAAUUCGCGAAAACUUAAUACACAAAUAUACCCCACACCUACAGGAAUACAGUUAUAAACCUAAUCUUUUGAGCAAUUUGCAUAACAAUGGGCGGUUCAAUUAUCACAUUACGCUGCAAGUAUUGAAAACAGCAAUCUGUUGAUAAGCUGACUUGGCGGUUAAGUUUUGAAUUUCGAUUACUUAUCGACGACGCGAGAGCUUGAAAGCUGUUAACUUAACAACAUAACUUAACAGCGCGGGAGAGAGUACGAGUGCGCAUAGUGAAAAUGAGCGCUACAGAGGCACACUCCGAAAAUGCAGCAGAAAGGCGGAACAGUCAGAUCAGCGAAAACAGCGCUGCCGGAAUCGCUAGCGAGGACCAGGGGGAGGGCCGGAAUGCCUGUCAGUGGGCGUGGCUCGUGGUGAAAUCCAUUUCCGUGGAACCCACAAUGUUCCUGUACAUGUUCGCCUUCAUGAUCACCUCGGUGGUGGAGGAGAAUUUCUUCCUGUACAAGUCCUGCCGCGUGAACAACAAUUUUACAGAGGAGAUCUGCCGGAAUCUCAACAAAGUGGAGAACGAGGAGUUCAAACGCCAGGCUCUUCUGACCAAUGCCUGGUUCCUCCAGUGGGAGGAUAUCUCCGCCCACAUCUUUCCCAUCAUUUUGGCCCUUUUUCUGGGCUCCUUCUCGGAUCGGCGGGGCAGGAAGUUGCCUCUGCUCAUGGGACUGGUGGGCAAGUUCUUUUAUUCCACGAUGAUAGUGGUCAACGCAAGGAUGCCUACGUGGCCGGUGCAGUACAUCAUUUACUCCGCCACCCUGCCGUCGGCCAUGACUGGUGCGGAUGUGGCCAUCUUCGCCUCCUGUUUUGCCUAUGUGUCAGAUAUUACCACGGUGGAGCAGCGCACCAUUCGAGUGACCAUCCUGGACGUGAUCUACCUCAGUGCCAUGCCACUGGGCGUGGCUCUGGGUUCCCACCUCUUCAACAACGUCUUCAAUCAAUCCUACGCGGAUAUGUUCAUCGUGAACGCCUCGCUGCUCGCUUUGGCCAUUGUCUACACUCUGUUUGCGCUAAAGUGGCAAACAACGCCAAGACAGCGUUCGCUGAGGGAGCUCGGUUGUUGUGGCUUCUGGGGCGACUUCUUCGACAAGCAACACGUGAAGGACUCGCUGGCGGUGCUGGUGAAGCCGCGAAGGGGACAUCGCCGCAGCUUUCUCAUUAUCCUGCUGAUCAGCAUGGCCCUGUACACCUUCCAGCGGGACGAAGGCCGGUACCUGUACAUGUACACUCUGGACAAGUUCGACUGGGGCGUGAGCGCGUACAGCCACUUCAAGACCUUCAAGUCGGCGGCCUAUGUGAUUGCAAUGCUGCUGGCGGUGCCGUUGAUGAAUAAAGUCCUGGGUUGGAGAGAUACGACCAUUAUCUUUAUUGGCACCUGGGCCCAUUCGAUAGCUCGAUUGUUCUUUUAUUUUGCCACCAAUACGGAUCUGCUCUACGCCGGAGCCGUGGUCUGUAGUUUGGGACCUAUUGUGGGCCCCAUGAUCCGGGCAAUGACCUCGAAAGUCGUGCCCAUUUCGGAGCGAGGAAAGGUUUUUGCACUGCUCUCGGUUUGCGACAAUGCGGCGCCCUUCAUCAGCGGUGUGUGCUAUUCGCAACUUUAUCAGAAUACCCAAAAGAGCAACUACGGAGGAAAUGUCUUUAUGCUAACUAUUGCCACCCAAAUAGCUGUAUUCGUAAUAAUACUUUGCAUACACAUUAUUUUGGGCGAGAACUCACUGGCCGUUCCAGAAGUUUCUGAGAAAGAAAGUGGCCUUAUUGGCCAAAAGACGGAUGUACUUGUAACGCCAAACGAAGAAGAUAAAAGUUAACCAGACUUUUAAACUUCAAGUUCUAUGAUUCCUAAAAAAAAGACAUGAAUUUUUAAAAGCAAUGCUAUUUGCAUAUCUUAUAAUAUCAUAUAUAAUAUAUAUUAUAUCAUCGUGUUUUCAGGCUCAUGACUUAGCCAAUAAAACAUUGAAGUCAAAAA